GCACCAUGGGAAUUGGAUUGUAGUUAUUUACCAAAUAAUUGGCCUGAAGGUGAAAUUGAAUUUAUCAAUUAUAGUACAAGAUAUCGACCUGAAUUGGAUUUAGCUUUGAAAUCAAUUAAUUUUAAAGUAGGGAAAGGUGAAAAAUUAGGUAUUGUUGGUCGUACUGGUUCUGGUAAAUCAUCUUUAGUCCUAGGAUUAUUUCGUAUGCUUGAAGCAGCUGAAGGUAAAAUACUAAUUGAUGGUUUCGAUAUUUCAAAACUUGGCCUGCAUGAUUUGAGAAAUCGUUUAACUUUAAUACCACAAGAUCCUGUUCUAUUCUCUGGUACAUUACGUUUCAAUUUGGAUCCAUUCAAGCAGUAUACAGAUGAUGCUAUUUGGCAUGCACUGGAAUUAGCCAACUUGAAAUCAUUUAUCAAAGAUAUGAAUAAUGCUAAUAAUGAUAAUUUUGGUUUAGAUUUAAUGAUUUCAGAAGGUGGUUCUAAUAUAAGUCUUGGUCAACGACAAUUAGUUUGUCUUGCAAGAGCAUUACUUCGGCAUACAUCAAUUCUUGUAUUAGAUGAAGCAACAGCUGCCAUCGAUAUGCAAACGGAUAAUUUAAUUCAAGAAACUAUUCGUCGUGAAUUUUCUACUUGUACUGUAAUUACAAUUGCGCAUCGAUUGAAUACAGUUCUGGAUUAUGAUCGUAUUCUUGUUCUUCAAGAUGGUCAAUUAAAAGAAAUAGAUAGUCCAAAAAGUUUAUUACAAAAUAAAAAUUCAAUAUUUUAUUCUUUAGCUAAAGAUGCACAUAUCGUCGAUUGAACACACACACACACACACACUACUGCUCAUAUGUAUUCAUUGAAAUUUUGUCGAUAACCAUUAUUCAUUGUGGAUAGUACACUAUAUAUAUAUAUAUAUAUAUAUAUAUACACUCCUCAUUCCCUGUUCACAUACACACAGUUUACAAAAUAAACACAACUAUUUUGCAAUCAAUGUCUGUUCUGUUCUGUUUGCUUCUUUGUUUGUUGUUGGUGUAAAAUAAUAAAUAUUACAUCCCACAAUCCUUAUUCUCUCUCUCUCUAUCUAUCUUGAUUCAAAAACUGAUUUGUUUGUUCGCGUUCUCCCCGAUGACAGCGUAUUUUUUGCUGCAUUCGCCCAGUCCCAACCCCCCGCCCGCCGCUCGCCUCCGUUGUACACAUCAAAAUUUUGUAAUAGUCACCACUUCAAUGGAACACUGCCAAAAAACAAUGUCAACUGAAGAAAAACAAACAAACUUUAAGCAUUUUUUUUGCCUACUUUUUUAUUUUAUUAAAAAAUUACAAAUUACGUUUUUAUUGGUUCUCUCUCAUUGUAAACUGUUUUCUCCUUCUCGCCCCUCCCUAUUUUUCUCCGAUGAUUUUAUGCAACUGGUUACAAGCACAGAACUUUGAUUCGCUAUUUUGUACAUUGAUUUGUUUACUGUGUAUGUGUGUGUGUGUGCGCGCGCGCGAGCGUUUUAUAAGUUAAUGCAUAUAAAUAUGUGUUCAGCUUAAAAUUGUAGUUAUGUGUAUUUUGCUUUAUUUUUUCUUCAUGUACGCUCAAUAAAUAAAUAUCAUGAUUAUAAAAUUAUGUCGAGUGUAUGUUGUA